AUGAGGACCUACGACGACACAUUCUCGGGCCAGAGGAUCUACCCUGGAAAGGGCAAGCUCUACGUCCGUGGCGACUCCAAGGUCUUCCGAUUCCAGAACGGCAAAUCCGAGUCCCUCUUCCUCCAGCGCAAGAACCCCCGUCGCAUUGCCUGGACCGUCCUGUACCGUCGCCAGCACCGCAAGGGUAUCACUGAGGAAGCCGCCAAGAAGCGAACCCGCCGUACCGUCAAGUCCCAGCGUGCCAUCGUCGGUGCCUCCCUCGAUGUGAUCAAGGAGAAGCGAUCCAUGCGCCCCGAGGCCCGCUCCGCCGCCCGCCAGCAAGCCAUCAAGGAGAGCAAGGAGAAGAAGGCCGCCGAGGCCGCCGCCAAGAAGUCGGAGAAGGCAAAGAGCGCCGCCCAGGCGUCCAAGGGCCAGACCCAACGGAUCGUCGGCAAGCAGGGAGCCAAGGGUUCUGCCCCCAAGGUCAAGGCCACCACCCGAUAA